CGAAGCAGGAAAACUAUGGGGUCUGAGGAACAUGUUUCCCUUCGAAUUCCAUCUCCUAUCAAAUACAUAUCACCAACUGAAGUGGUUCAGCUUGAUAAUGUUGAGGAGCGUACCUUAUUCAAUGACAAGCAUCAGCUAACUGACCCAUCAGCUAAGAAAUCUGAGAUAUCUCUUAGCAUGUCACCAUCACCAAUGGAAGUUCAGAUACAGAAUACAGAAGAAGUCCCCUUCUGUCCCGAAACAGAGUUCAACAAUGGAAUGUCAGAUACUAAUUCUGCCCCAACUAAGCGUGCUAGUAGCAGCCAACUACAGGAAGAAGCAGAGUUUCACUCUCAACCCCAGCCAAAAACCUCUGCAUUUGAAGAGCAGGCCAUUCAAAUUGGACAUUUUCCUUAUCAACCAAGUAUUGAAAGGCUGAAAGACAAGAGGUUUGAUAAUUUCAAGACGUGGUCCGGGAAACUUGAAAGGCAGAUAUCACUAGCUUCACUACUACGGGGAAAGCCACUGGGAAAAAUUGAUCAACCAGACAAUGCUUUUGUGCAGAGUACAGAUCAAGUUGACCCUUUACCUGCAGACAGAUACUUCGAUGCAUUGGAAGGGCCUGAGUUGGACACGCUUAGGGCUUCAGAGGAAAUUCUGCUUCCAGAAGAUAAGAAAUGGCCAUUUCUUCUCCGGUAUCACAUUUCUUCAUUUAGCAUCUGUCUUGGUGUUAGCAGCCAAGCUAUUCUGUGGAAAAUCUUGCCUACCUCUGCCUCUACCAAAUUUCUCCACUUGAGUUUAAUGCCAAAUCUGGUUCUGUGGUUCAUUUCUCUUGCUCUAUUAGUCAUUGUUGCUAGCAUCUACAUUCUUAAAAUCAUCUUCUACUUUGAAGCAGUUCGUCGUGAGUAUUACCAUCCAAUCCGAAUCAACUUCUUUUUUUCACCGUUUAUAACCCUCUUGUUCAUAGCUCUUGGUGUCCCACCUUCAAUCUGUAAAAACCUCAAUCCAGCUCUUUGGUACAUCCUAAUGGCACCAAUACUAUGUCUUGAGCUUAAGAUCUACGGACAGUGGAUGUCAGGCGGACAACGUCGGCUUUCUAAAGUAGCCAAUCCUGUUAACCAUCUAUCCAUUGUUGGGAACUUUGUUGGGGCAUUGCUAGGAGCAUCAAUGGGACUGAAAGAAGGACCAAUAUUCUUCUUCGCUGUUGGGGUGGCUCACUAUAUGGUCUUGUUUGUAACAUUGUACCAGAGACUUCCAACAAAUGAGUCAGUAAUCCCAAAGGAACUCCAUCCUGUGUUCUUUCUGUUUGUUGCAGCACCUAGCGUAGCUUCGAUGGCAUGGGCAAGAAUCCAAGGCUCCUUUGAUUAUGGCUCGCGGAUUGGCUACUUCAUCGCCAUGUUCCUUUAUCUCUCAUUGGUCGUCAGAGUCAAUUUUUUCCGAGGAUUCAAGUUCUCAUUGGCAUGGUGGGCAUACACUUUCCCAAUGACGGGUGCUGCCACUGCAAGCAUCAGGUACUCGAAUGAAGUGACGAAUGUAGCAACUCAAGCUUUGGCUCUCAUACUCUCUCUCAUUGCCACAUUCACAGUGCUUGGUCUCUUCGUGGUAACCCUUUUGCAUGCCUUUGUUCUCCGAGACCUCUUCCCCAAUGACAUUGCAAUUGCCAUUAGUGAUAGAAACCCAAGUAAACUGAACAGCAAGUGGCACCAUCUCAAGCAGGACAGCUCUUAUUGUCCCAAAGACAUUGAGAAUUCCUUGCAAUCAACAAUAAGCAUAGAUAAAAAGGGAAAAAUUUGCUGCAAACUCUUUGGGACAGAAAACAGCGGAACAAUGGAUUCUGAAGAACAGGUUUCGAUUCAAAUUCCAUCUCUCAUCAAAUACAUAUCCUCAAACGAAGUGGUUGGUUUCGACAAUGUUGAGGAGCAUACCGUUCUCAGUGAUAAGAAUCAGCCAUCAGCUAAGGAAAUUGAGGUAGGCGAAAGCACAGUUGAUGAAUAUGAACCACCAAUUCAUCAAAGGAUGCAUUCUGUUUCUAUUAGUAUGCCGCCAUCACCAAUGGACGUUCAUUUGGAGAAAAUAAAUGGAGUUCUAUUCAGUCCUGAAACGAUUUUCAACAAUGGCAUCCUAGAUUCUUCUUCUGCUGCAAACAGAAGUGCUAGUGGUCGCCAACUUCCGGAAGCACCAAAAUCUCACUCUCAACCCUUGCCAAAAGGCUUAGCAUUCGAAGAUCAGGCAAUGCACACUGCACAUUUCCCCUAUCAUCAUCCAAGUAUGAAAAGGUUGAGAGAUAACAGGUUUGACAAUUUCAAGACAUGGUCCGGGAAACUUGAAAGGCAGUUAACACUACUGCGGGGAAAGACACCACGAAAAGGUGAUCAAACGGAGAAUGCUUUUGCUCCAAGUACAGAUCAAAUUGACCCUUUACCUGCAGACCGUUACUUUGAUGCAUUGGAAGGGCCUGAAUUGGACACACUUAGGGCUUCAGAGGAAAUAAUGCUUCCAGAAGACAAGCAGUGGCCGUUUCUUCUGCGGUAUCCCAUCUCUGCAUUUAGCAUCUGCCUUGGUGUCAGCAGCCAAGCUAUUCUGUGGAAAACCCUACCAACCACGGCCUCAACGCAAUUUCUCCACCUGAGUCUAACAAUAAAUUUGGUUCUGUGGUGCAUUGCUGUUGCUACAUUAGUUGGUGUGACUUGCAUCUACCUUCUUAAAAUCAUCUUCUACUUUGAAGCAGUUCGUCGCGAGUAUUUCCACCCAAUUCGUAUCAACUUCUUCUUCUCUCCAUUUAUAGCCCUCUUAUUUUUAGCUAUAGGAGUGCCACCUUCCAUUUCAAGCAACCUCCAUCCAGCUCUUUGGUACAUCCUGAUGGCGCCGCUUUUAUGUCUUGAGCUUAAGAUCUAUGGACAGUGGAUGUCAGGAGGACAACGCCGGCUUUCUAAAGUAGCCAACCCUGUUAACCAUCUCUCCAUUGUUGGCAACUUUGUGGGUGCUUUGCUAGGUGCUUCAAUGGGACUAAGAGAAGGACCAAUAUUCUUUUUUGCUGUUGGUAUGGCUCACUAUAUGGUCUUGUUUGUGACACUUUACCAGAGACUUACAACAAAUGAGACAGUAAUCCCUAAGGAGCUCCAUCCUGUGUUCUUUUUGUUUGUUGCUGCACCUAGCGUUGCUUCCACGUCUUGGGCAAGAAUCCAAGGCUCCUUUGAUGUUGGCUCGCGGAUCGGUUACUUCAUUUCUAUGUUCCUUUAUCUCUCAUUGGCAAUCCGAAUCAAUUUUUUUCGAGGAUUCAAGUUCUCGUUGGCAUGGUGGGCAUACACUUUCCCAAUGACUGGAGCUGCCGUUGCAACCAUCAGGUACUCGAAUGAAGUCACAACUGUAGCAACUCAAGCUUUGGCAGUCAUACUCUCCAUCAUUGCCACGCUCGUGGUCUUUGCUCUCUUCAUAAGAACUGUCUUGCAUGCCUUUGUGCUCCAAGACCUCUUCCCCAAUGACCUUGCAAUUGCCAUCAGCAACAGACCCCCUAAUAAACCAAGCAAAAAAUGGUUUCAUCUGAAAAAUGGAACCUCUUCGGAUUCAAAAGAUAUCGAGAAUUUCCUGAAGUCAGCAACAAGCUCAGAAAGAAAGGAUUUGGACAUUAAAACGUUAACUGAAACUGCCAAUAAGCUCUAG